AUCUUUCUCACAGUCACCCCUCACCCGGCACUUGCAUAUCUCUAGGAAGAGGAACGUUUCUUAGGGUUUGCACUUAGCACAAAACGUUGAUAUUUUCUUCAUCGGUGAAAUCUCCCUGCUUAUAAUUUUCUCAUCUUCAGUAAACCUCGAAAUUGAUGUACUGAAUUUGCCUCCAAUUUCGUCUCUCCGAUGCGUUCCUGCAAGAAUUGCGGCAGCAGGUCCCUUUUCCGUGACGAUGUCUCCGGCAACCUGAUUUGCUCCUCCUGCGCUAUUGUUCAGGAAUUUGACAACUACGAGGCCCAGCUUUGCGAUAUCAAUGGUCCACAGGGCACAUUCGUCCGCGUUGGAACCUCAGAUUCAGGUGGCGUUCUGAAUUACAAAGACAAGAAAAUCUUUGAGGCUCAAAAAAUUAUUGAAGAUGUUACGUUUAGAUUAGGAUUGACUCCUUCCAAAUCCAACGACGUUAGGCUUUUAGUAUCGACGAUUACAGAAGGUGAGUAUGGACUAGGUGGGUGGUUCCCAAUUCUCGUUGGUGCUUGUGCUUAUGUUUCCAUGCGUAAGGAUAAUAUUCCAUUACCAAUGUCGGAGGUUGCAUCGACCAUUGAAUGUGAUAUUCAUGAACUUGGCAGAAUGGUUCUCAGAGUUGUCGAUUUUUUGGAUUUUAAAGGGCUUGAGUUCCCGGUGUUUAAUAUUGUGGGGUCAUUAGAGCGGGCGGGAAGGAAUUCACCGUCUUUCUCAAGAGUAGAAGCAGAUACAAUGGAGAGAAUGGUUAAGCAAGAAAUCUUGAUGUUACAGUGUGCUAUGAAAUGGUUCCUGACAACUGGGCGGCAACCACUAUCUAUGGUGGCUGCUGUGUUGGUUCUAAUGUCAGAAUUGAAUAACGUUGAAGUCAGUAUUGACAAUGUAGCAAUGAAGGUUCAUGCCAAUGUUUCUACGAGUAAGAAGAGGUACAGGGAACUUUUGCAGGCACUUGUGGAGGUUGGCAAAAAGUUGCCUUGGGGAAAGGUUGUGAAGAAUGCACCUUUCGUGAUCCAGUAUAUGGAGUUGAAAUCAAUGUCAAAUGCUGGUGCUAAGGGGAAGAAUUCAGAGAAUGUGGGGAUUGAUUUGCAGGACGCAGUAAACGAGUGUUUAAGAAAAGAGUUUGAGUAUGGGAGUGAAGUUAAUAAUUUGGAAGAUGAUUCUCAGUACUUUGAGUUACAGAGCAAGAGUAGGCUUGAUGAAUCGAGUUGUGACUAUAGGAACAAGCUCAACAUUUCACAUGAAUGUUUAUCCUUGAUUUAUAACAAGUUUUUGAAUGAAAUGGAUCAUCUCAGGUAAUCGGGUGAGAUUGUAGAGGUCUAUGGAAGAAAGCAGGGAAGAAAAGCUGAUUUUCCCUCCGGUACAGAGUGGUGGGAGGGAAAAUCAGAAUUAAGCAAAAAGCUUCUAUUACAGCAAUUAUUGGAGAUUGAUGUAGGGUUGAAUGGUAUCCCGCCAUCAUUUGUUUCUAGUUGCAAUGCAUACAAAAGGAGGAAGGAGAAAAUAAAUGCUGCCAAUAUUCGAAUUCAGAGGAUCAUGGUUCCCUCAAAUGCUACGAAUAGUGAUGUAAAUACUGGGAAGAAAAGAAGGCGAAAGGGAGCUAAUGGCAUAGUAUGGGAAGAUAUAAUAAUGGAAACCCUUCUUCUUCAUGGCGUGAAAGAGGAGAAAAUUGAGAAGGGUCAUUACAAUGUCUUGCUGGACUUGCAUGUAUUCAAUUCUUGAAAUUCUUAGAGGUUUUCUGCUGUUAAAAAUGUAUAGAAACGAGUUUAUAGGUAUGUGUAGUAGGAGAUGAAGUGUACAGUUUUCAGCACGAUUUUUAUUAUAUUGUCUAUAACAGAAAGAGAAGUUAUUUCUCGUUUGAAUGUGUUGAUUGAUAAAGAUUUGGGCCAUCUAUAUGAACGCAAGAGGAACGUGAGUUUAUAACUAUAAUCAUAGCUUGGGAAUUCUGGCUGGAAAUACAUGUAGUUAAUUGGACUAUCAAGCAACUCCUCCUUGUUUCUAAUUGUUGUUCUUUUUUGUUCUGGCGAACCACGUAAAAGGUCAAUCAGGAUUUCCUUCUGUUCUGCCCUUGCCAGAGGCUCUCUGAACGUGAAUGAUUCAAUACUCUUGUAAAUUUAUGUCAUUGGAAGGAUUCUCCUGAAGGUGUUGACCAUGGCAAUUGUUUCAAGUAACUGCCAUGCAUUUUCUAUCAUUGUUUCCCAGAGAGAGAAAGCGAGGCCGGCUUGUAAUGCAUAUAAAUCGACCGUUGCUUCUCUUCAUCUUCCUUAUAGACUUGUUUUGUUCUCUCUUUAACCGAGAUAGCUUCUUCGCGCCCCUCUUCUAUUGCUAUACUGACAUGACGAUAACAGAGAUGAGAGUUCACAUGGACUGCCGGGGAUGUGAAAAACAAAUAAGGAAAGCUCUAGAAAAUCUAGAAGGUGUGGACGAUGUGAUAAUAGAUUUGAGCAUGCAGAAGGUGACUGUGAUGGGAUGGGCGGAGCAGAAGAAGGUUCUGAAGGCAGUGCGGCGGAAUGGGCGGACGGCGGAGCUGUGGCCGUACCCUUAUAACCCUCAAUAUCACGGUUUCAUCCACCAUUAUCAAUACCUUAACUCUCCUCAGCAUCAGCCUCAAACUAAACCAGUCGUCACCUACAAUUCACUGCCUUCCUCUUCAUCACGCAAGCACAAGCUGACACAGGAGUAUGAUAGCAGCCACCACGACGCCAGCAGCAGCGGACUCGCUGCAGAUUAUGGCUAUUAUUACGAGACACCACCCUUUUCAACCAUCGAUGAAGAUGUUGGUGCCAUGUUCAGUGAUGAGAACCCCCAUUCUUGUUCUAUUAUGUGACAGCAGGGGAGCUAUCCAGGCAUUAUGUGUAAUGUGUAUAAUAUAUAUGUAUGAUCAAACUUUUGUAUUGUGUAUAUAUGUAAAUCAGCGAGGCAAGUGUUUAAAUAGUCUUUAGUACAUCGUUUUGUUCAGUAAUGAAAACUCUCUGUUGGCUUCAA